CGCACGAAACCUCUCGUGGCCCGCUUGCCGGGCCCUACCUCAAGUCAUCCUCAAGCCUUGCGCUUCCUGAUUCAAUCGUCAUUCCACCCCGGAUCGAGACUGCGACGAGCCGUAUCGUCAUGUCCUCGGUUCUGAAGUCGUCGUGCUGGCCGUGGUACCGUGCGCUCUGUAUAUCCGUGACCACGGGCAGAGCCGGGACGCUACGUCGUGCGCCGUGCUCGCAUAGCCUCAGCACACUUCACAUAGGCACCACUGGCAACACCUCGGAGCUCAAGCUAGGGCUUGGCUCUGUCGAGAGCGCGGGUCCGCCCAUGGUAGGACCAUCCGCCCUGCUUGGACCAGCGCACGAUCCGUUUGCUUGGCACGACCCGAUGGAGAGCGCGACUCAGUCUGUGCUAUCUGAUUUCGAUGGCACCUCUCCGUGGCUCACAGACAGCACCUGGGGGACCACUAACAACACAGAUUGGCUGAGACAGCCAUCAUGCUGCUCGACGAGCCACGUCGACUCAGUUGCCUGGGCUGGCGCCCCACCGUCUGGAUCCCGGUCUCAUCCGCCAAUACCCAUCCUCUCUGAGGGUUCAGCGCUUGAGGGCUUCACGCGUCGACAGCGCAAACCGCGCCAGGAUCCCUACGCUCGCGCAGGACAGCAUUCAUCGCCCUCUGCCGCCUUGUCUUCUCCCGGCUCGUCGACAUCGGCGUCGACACCGCUUUACGCACCCUCUCCCUCUCUGUCUCCCGCUGCACCCGGCCACCUACCAACGCUCCGAUUAACAUUUUCCAGGGCACGAAACGCCCAGUUUAGUCUCUCCCGGGACGACAUUGACCGGAUCCUGGGAGAGCCGAAACCUCCCGCAACAACGUGCCAGUGUUGCGGGAAGCGCGUCGCUCAUGGGGGUCUCGAGCGGCACCUCGAAACCCACACCUCGGAUGACAGAGAGGACCUCGUCCAUUGCAUUGGAACACCUCCCGAACUGCAGCCUUUGGACGGAGUGCAGCGCGAGAGGUACCUGCACAAGACGACAGGCAAGCUGUUCGUGGGGAAUUAUGGCAUUGGCUUCAGCGAGCGCGGCGCGUACUUGCGUCAACUACGACAGGGGACGUGUCUGCCCAGAGCACACACUGGCACUCGGGCAAGUCAUCGGCGGAAGUCGGCUUGGGCCACGGAGGGGCACUUACACCACCCGAUGCGGACCAUGGGCAACUCGACCCCGAUAGCAUUUCUAUACGCGGGGCAAGGGUAGCUUCGACAGCGACAAUAUCUGCAGAGUCAUCUUCCGCUCAGUCAUGACGCGCAGAGCGAGCACAACAGCAGGAAUCGCGCACAAACGAACAGUCGCACAUCAUGUCUACACUCGGCUUCGGUUGUUGAGUACCGGCUCGUUGGGACGGCACCGUCACGUCGGCUUGAUUUCAAAAGCAAGCGGCGGGCUGCG